UGAAUAGUCAAUUAAUAAAAAGACUAGAGAACUAGUCUUGAUUGAUAUAUAGAUUGUCAUUAGAGCAACUGGAUCAAACUUCUUUUUUGGGUGCCUGCGGGCAAUGCUCUCUUAACUGGGACCCUGUCUGCUUCAAACCGAUCAAUAUUUAGCUCAAGAAGAAGCUAAUUAGGUUGAUAUUCCUGAUUCUUCUGAACGGUGAGAACAGAGAGUGAUUGUAGACUUAGGCAAAUACAGAGGAAAUUAGCUCUCUUUUUCUUCGGUUUUUAUUUCGUGGGAUGUGAAAUUUUGGAUUUUGGGUGAAAGGUUAGAGUUUAUGGACUGAAUUGGCAACCCCUUUGAGUAUUCCUACUUAUUUGGAUGGCAUUGACACUAUUCUGGAGCUUCAUUUAAUUGUUUCUUAAAAAGGAACAGGUGUUUUUUGUGUAGAAUCUAAGCCCAUUUUGUCCUGGAAGGAAGUCAUUAAUUUCUCUUCUUGAAGGUACUAAGCUUCAAGAGGUUCAAGAAAGUGACUUUUUUCAGUUCUGCUUCUUGAAAAAUGUCUACAAUGUCGGAGAAAAGUAUACUACCCUCAAGGUUUCUUUCUUGCCUGAUAGGCCUUUCGCUGUUUCUUUUACUUCUUUCAUCAUUGUCCCUCUUCCAAUUUUGUGGCAGUUCUUUCAGAAACAUCUCGGUUCUUCAGGUUUUCCUUGUCAAUAGUCCAUCUAGUUGCUCGAAAGACAAUGUCAACCCUUCUGAAACUUUAACUACUGAAGAAGUUAGAAAUGAAGAGGUUCCUUAUGUGAAUUUCACUGAGAAGUUGGAUGGACUAGGACAUGAUGCAAGGAGAGUAAAAUGUGAUCCAAGUAAGGCUCUUCUUAGGGUCUAUAUGUAUGACUUGCCUGCUGAAUUUCAUUUUGGAUUGUUGAAUUGGAGAGGAGGUGUGAAUCAAUUGUGGCCUGAUGUUAGUGAUCUGCAUCAAGUACCUUCAUAUCCUGGUGGUUUGAAUUUACAACACAGCAUUGAGUACUGGCUCACACUUGAUCUCCUAUCAUCAAAUUCUCCAAAUGUAGAUAGACCAUGUACUGCCAUCAGAGUGGAGCAUUCGACUGAAGCAGAUAUCCUGUUUGUGCCAUUCUUUGCAUCUCUAAGUUACAACCGUCAUUCUAAGCUUCACGGGAAGGAGAAAGUCAGUGUGAACCGAUUACUGCAAGAUAAAUUAGUUGAGUUUCUGAAGGAUAGGGAUGAGUGGAAACGAUUGCAUGGGAAAGAUCAUUUGAUUGUAGCCCACCAUCCGAAUAGUUUGUUGAAUGCAAGGAAGAAGUUGCAUUCUGCCAAGUUUGUGCUUGCAGAUUUUGGAAGAUACCCUCCUCAUGUAGCAAAUCUUGACAAGGAUAUAAUUGCUCCCUAUAAACAUAUGGUGAAGACAAUUUCAUCUAGUGACUCAGCCCCAUUUGAAAAACGGCCCACACUGGUGUAUUUCCAAGGUGCAAUCUACAGGAAAGCUGGUGGCAUAAUUCGUCAGGAACUCUACUAUCUUCUCAAAGAUGAGAAGGAUGUACAUUUCACAUUUGGAAGUAUUGGAAGUAAUGGUAUAAAACAGGCAUCCCAUGGCAUGGCCGCAUCCAAAUUCUGCCUUAAUAUUGCAGGAGAUACUCCUUCCUCGAACAGGCUUUUUGAUGCCAUUGCUAGUCAUUGUGUUCCUGUGAUAAUUAGCGAUGAGAUUGAGUUACCAUUUGAAGAUAUCUUGGACUACUCAGAGUUCUGCAUAUUUAUCCGUGCAUCAGAAGCUGUGAAAAGUGGUUACCUUCUGAAUCUUCUGAGGGGAAUUGAGCGGGACAAGUGGACCAAAAUGUGGGAGAAACUAAAGGACAUUGCAUCGCACUAUGAAUAUCAAUACCCUUCUCGACCUGGUGAUGCGGUGGAUAUGAUUUGGCAGGCUGUUUCAAGGAAGAUAUCUGGUGUAAAGUCAAGUGUCCAUAGGAAAACCCGAUAUGAGAGGACACAGAUUCUUGUUGAAGGCCAAUCAUCUACUUCAUGAGAACCCCACAAGAACUUUACUGACUUGGUAAAUAGAGUUCCAACUAUUGGAAUCUGGGGGUUCUUGAAAAAUGGGCUUAUAGGGUCAUUAGUAUCUUUGUGCUGCUGUUUCUCCUGCUAAGAUCCUCUUACUCUUUGUAAAGUAAGGAGCUUUAGAAAGUAUAGGGGUCAGAAUUAGCCGUUCAGAAAUUUUUGCAACCUCAGCUGAGCCUAUUCUUUAUUAUUAACCAAAUAACCAGUGGAUCAGAAAAUUUUCCAGAGAAACAGAGGUUGAUAUUCGUAAGCGGGCGUUUUCCACUUUGAACUUACCUUGUUUUAGAUGAUUGGUGGACAGCCUGGACUACCAUUAGCAGUACUGCAAAUUCAGUUAUGCGUGACAAGGUAUACAGUGAAGAUAAAACAUUAUUCAGAAGUUUUCACGUCAGGUGGUGGUUCUAGAGAAUUUGGCAAAGCAGGUAAAAGAAAUCUUUCAAGAAGUUUACACAUUUAAGUUGUAUGCUUGAGGAUAUUACAUGCAAACAAGCACUGGAUCAGAGUUGGAAAGAAACACUAUGGAGGUUAGUUGUAUCCAGAAAAUGUUUAAGCUAUAGUUAAAAAUCAUGUUUAUACAAUUGUAGUUUCUGAUGAGACAGUUCCAUCGGCAUCUUCUCAGCUUCUCUUUGAUACAAAAGCCUGAACUUUCAACUAAGAAAUGAUAAAAGAAGAAUCGAAACUCAA